AUGACUCAAAUAGAUAAAUUUACUGACGUUGAUAAAUUAGCUGUCUCCACUAUUCGAUUAUUGGCUGUGGAUCAAGUUGCCUCUGCCAACUCUGGUCAUCCAGGGGCUCCAUUAGGUAUGGCUCCAGCCGCUCAUGUUCUUUUCACCCAAAUGAGAAUGAAUCCAAAGAACCCAGACUGGAUCAAUAGAGAUAGAUUUGUCUUAUCUAAUGGUCACGCUGUAGCUUUAUUAUACUCCAUGCUACAUUUAUCUGGUUACAACUAUUCCAUUGAAGAUUUAAAGCAAUUUAGACAUUUGAACUCAAAGACCCCAGGUCAUCCAGAAUUUGAAUUGGAAGGUGUUGAAGUCACCACUGGUCCAUUGGGUCAAGGUAUCUCUAGUGCUGUUGGUUUAGCUAUUGCUCAAGCUAACUUGGCUGCUACCUACAACAAGCCAGAUUUUGUAUUAUCAGACAAUUACACUUACGUUUUCUUAGGUGAUGGUUGUUUGGAAGAAGGUAUUUCUUCAGAAGCUUCCUCUUUGGCUGGUCAUUUAAGAUUGGGUAAUUUGAUUGCUAUCUAUGAUGACAACAAGAUUACUAUCGAUGGUGCCACCAACGUUUCUUUUGAAGAAGAUGUAGCAAAGAGAUAUGAAGCUUACGGUUGGGAAGUCUUAUACGUCGAAAAUGGUAACGAAGAUUUAAAUGGUAUUUACAAUGCUAUUCAACAAGCUAAAUUAUCUAAAGAUAAGCCAACUUUAAUUAAAAUGUCCACCACCAUUGGGUUCGGUUCCUUAGCUGCCGGCUCUCAUGCUGUCCACGGUUCUCCAUUGAAACCAGAUGAUAUCAAACAAUUAAGAACCAAAUUCGGUUUCGAUCCGAACACUUCAUUCACUGUCCCACAAGAAGUUUAUGACUUAUAUCAAAGAAAGGUUGUAACUCCAGGUCAACAAGCUGAAGAUGAUUGGAAUAAAUUAUUUGCAUCCUAUGAAAAGAAAUACCCAGAUUACGCUGCCUGUCUAUCAAGAAGAUUGAGAGGUGAAUUACCAGAGGGUUGGGAAUCUAAAUUGCCAACUUACACGCCAGCUGAUUCUGCCAUUGCUACAAGAAAAACUUCCGAAAUCGCUUUAGACGCUAUUCAUUCUAUUCCUGAAGUCCUUGGUGGUUCUGCCGAUUUAACUCCUUCUAACUUAACUAGAUGGAAGGAAGCUGUUGAUUUCCAACCACCUUCUACUGGUUUGGGUGACUACUCUGGUAAAUAUAUUAGAUUCGGUGUUAGAGAACAUGCUAUGGGUGCUAUCAUAAACGGUAUUUCUGCUUAUGGUGCUAACUACAAGCCAUAUGCCGGUACUUUCUUAAACUUCGUCUCUUACGCUGCUGGUGCCCUUAGAUUAUCUGCUUUGUCAGGUCAUCCGGUCAUUUGGGUCGCAACUCACGAUUCUAUCGGUGUUGGUGAAGAUGGUCCAACCCAUCAACCUAUUGAAACUUUAGCCCACUUUAGAGCUUUGCCAAACGUCCAUGUUUGGAGACCAGCCGAUGGUAAUGAAACAUCUGCCGCUUACAAGGUUGCUUUAUCUUCUAAAACUUCACCAUCCAUCUUGGCUUUAUCUAGACAAAACUUACCACAAUUAGAAGGUUCUUCCAUUGAAAAGGCUUCUAAGGGUGGUUACAUCUUAAACGAUGUAUCAAACCCAGAUAUUAUCUUCGUCGCUACUGGUUCUGAAGUUUCUUUGGCUGUUGAAACCUCUAAGCAAUUAGCUGCUAAAAACAUUAAGGCUCGUGUUGUCUCCAUGCCAGAUAUGUUAACUUUCGACAGACAACCAGAAGAUUAUAGAUUAUCUGUCUUACCAGACAGUGUUCCAAUUUUAUCUGUUGAAGUAUUGACUACCUUCGGUUGGGGUAAAUAUGCUCAUCAAUCUUUUGGUUUAGAUAGAUUCGGUGCCUCUGGUCCAGCUCCAUCUGUUUUUAAGAAAUUCGAAUUUGUUCCAGAAGGUCUUGCUUCAAGAGCUGAAAAGACUAUUGCCUUUUACAAGGGUAAGGAAGUCAUCUCUCCAUUAAGAAAGCCUUUUUAA